UUGCAUACUUACGCGCUUCACCGAUUAUUAGCAUAUUCAAAGCAAGCAUAGUAUUUUUAAAUCAUUAGGGAAGCACAACUCACGCGUGUGAUGACCGAAAAUGAGCGCAAUGAAGUCUUUCAAAGAAACUCUAUCCACGGCAAAAAAUAUAUUAAUUCUAACUGGUAGUGGAAUAUCAGCCGAAUCCGGCGUUCCAACUUUUCGAGGAGCCGGUGGUUUCUGGAGAAAAUAUCAAGCUCCUAGCUUAGCAACACCACGAGCAUUUGCAGCUAAUCCCUCCUUGGUCUGGGAAUUUUAUGAGUAUCGAAGAACUUUAGUUAGUAAAGUACAACCUAAUAAGGCUCAUGAAGCUAUUGCACAAUUUCAAAGUCGUUUGGCUAAAGAAAAUAGAAAUGUCAUCAUUGUUACACAGAAUAUUGAUGGUUUACAUCAAAAAGCUGGAGCAAUAGAUGUCAUUGAACUCCAUGGUUCUCUCUAUAAAACCAGGUGUACAAAGUGUAAAGAUAUUUGUUACAACGAUAAAAUUCCAAUUUGUCCAGCUUUGGAAGGCAAAAUUUCACCUGAUCCAGAUUUUGUAAGUUCUGAUAUUCCAGUUCAAGACUUGCCUAGAUGUGAAAAGAAUAAUUGUGGUGAACUUCUUAGACCUGAUAUUGUGUGGUUUGGCGAAAGCUUAAAUACUCAUAUUUUGGAUAGAGUUAAUGUAGCUGUUGAUUCUUGCGAUGCCUGUUUGGUAAUAGGCACUUCAUCUAUUGUAUAUCCUGCAGCAAUGUUUGCUCCACAAGUGGCUAGUAAAGGUGUUCCUGUGGCAGAAUUCAACAUUGAAACAACUCCUGCCACGAGAGAUUUUCAAUAUCACUUUGAAGGACCUUGUACACAAACGAUACCAGAAGUUUUAGAGAUGUAAUUUUUUAAUUGUAAAUAUCAAUUAUUUAAUGUAUAAUUAGGAAAAGAAAUA